AGCUGAGGCAAGCUUGAACUUUCAAACAAUUUUUUAAAAAAACAAGCAACCGAUUUGCAACCGGAAGAUUUGCUACUUGGAAGAAAAACUCUGGAGCUUAACUUUCCUCCUUCAUUGUCCUUAAAAGCCUCUGGAGAGCAGCUGCAAGGAGGAUUGAGGAGUCAGAUUAUCAGCAGAAGUUUGCAAACAGAGGCCGAUUCAGGAAAUGUUGGAUUGUUCGACGGACGAUGGAGAGAUUCAGGGAAGACGAAGGGAAGACGAUGAAAGUUGCGCGGACGACAGGAACGUUCCAGAACUUGGUUGUGGAGCUAGGAAGCACAAUGAGGACCAGACAGAGGAGAAGUCUGGAGAGUCUAGAUGUUCGGAAGGCCCAUCUUGGCAGCCUCGGGAAUCUGAUUGCCUCCCUUCCAUCUUUCUGGCAGCCUUCCUUGCCCUCGUCUUUGUCUCCGUUUCAGUGGUCCUACUUUGCCACGAGACCAUCCACUUUCCUUUGAGGGACCUCAAGGCCGCGAGUCCCAACCCUGUUCACCUGCCCAAGGAGGAGUUCCAAUUUCUUCAUCUCUUCUUCCCAAACCAACCGGAAUCAACCUGGAGAACAAUCCUGCGAUACGUUUGCAACCCGUCGGGGAAGUCUCAUCUGGAGGAGCCUUGGAUCCUGGUUGGAAUUGGCCCAGGAGAUACAAGCCGGACCCUUCUCUGCUUCGCGAAAAGGAUCCUCUCCUUACUGACUCAGCAAAAAUCCAUCGGUGUUGAGUUUCUGGAUUCAACCAGCCCUUGGCUUCCCCCGAUGGCUUCUUCUGAAAAUAGGACCUGGCUGAUCAGCAGCGUGAAGGUCCUCUGGGGAGAAGAGAGUCCCCUGAGUGGAUUGGUGGUGUCGUUGCAGAGUCUCCUGGAUGGAAAACGGGAGGUCACCAAGACCGCAUUUGCCCUCCUGGGGAAUGGUGUGGAGCACAUUCAGGAGCGGUUCCUGAUGCACAGAUUGACCCCUUCGUUGAUCUCAAGUGUUUUGAGCUUGAACCCCGAUAGGGGACCGAAGAUGAUGAUGAUUGACCAUGAGGACUUUCUUGUCCUCUUCAUCACAUCUGAGGAAUAUUUGGAAAGCGGGUUGGCUUGCUGAAGGCGGCUUAUGUUGUAUCUGGCGUCCUACCACAGAGAGGCGUCCUCUAAUGCCUUGGGCAGAGGGAGAAUGAAAGGCCUCCCUUGAGGAGGUAGAACCUCAGUCAAAUUUAUCUGGGAAGUGAGAAAAUUGCUGAGAUUUUUGACGGCUCAAGGGUGAAGAUCAAUGUUGGGAAACUCAGGCAAGGGAAAUAAAGAUCUGCAAGUAGAAAUCCUGAUUUGCAGUGGGCCGAAGUAUUUUCUGAAGCUUUGUUAAGGUAAAGGUAAAGGUUCCCCUCGCACAUACGUGCUAGUCGUUCCCGACUCUAGGGGGCAGUGCUCAGCUCCGUUUCAAAGCCGAAGAGCCAGCGCUGUCCAAAGACGUCUCCGUGGUCAUGUGGCCGGCAUGACUCAAUGCCAAA